AUGGAUGAGGAGAGAAACAACCGGAUCUCGGAUUGGUGGUACAACAGAACCGUUCUUGGGACCAGUCUCUGGGCGAUGGACCUGAAUGAGUUUGUGGCCGAACUUCCGGACGGCACCGUACUGCAACCAUUAAAGCUGACCAACUGCGAUCAAGUAUUCGACAGCCUAGACGAUGUAGAGGCUGCUGCCGAUUCAAUCGAUCCCAAAUGUAUGAAUACUUACCUGAUCCAGGCUUUGAAUGGCAAUCUCACAUCCUCGCUCGCGAAGUAUCAUGAUGUUUUGAAGACCGACUAUGAUGAGAAGUUUGGCUGGCGAACACCUCCAAUUACUUUGAUUGCACCUCUCAGUCCCUUACACUCAUCUGAUGGAGAGCCAGAAGGCAAGAAUGUAAGCUCUGAGUGUCCCUCCAACGCGUUGGACACAGGCUAUGCAGUUUUCUACUGGACUGCGAAGGACAAAGAAGGAUUCUUGAAUGACAUUGGAGAGACAAUCGGAAUCACACCUGAUCAGCUUAUAUGGGAAAUCGAUCGAUCUCAUUGCACGCCGAAUAUCCCUCCACAACCGGUAGUAUGCAGUGGCAGCAGGAACAUCGGCAAACCUGUUCUGCCGGAUGAUUUUACAGUCAGCAACCCUAAGAAUAUCAUCUCGGGACGACUUCCAAACAUCACGACCUUCCAAGGUCAGUCCGAUACCCUCGCCUCGCUCGCAACCAGUGAUUUAUAUCUGGGUGACACAAACGAUGUUGUGGACGGAGCAUCGAUGCUCGUACUCACGGUAUCGAACUCGAUUACCAGUAUGAAGAGUGUUGAGAAGAUCGGGGAGGAAUAUCAGAAAGAGCAGGUCGAAGAGAUCAUUCUCCUAUUCGUUACCGCUCUGCUCCUACUCAUUCUUGGCGUGGGAGAGGUAGCGGACGAGGCGGGAUUGGCCGCCGUCGCAAUCACGCUGAGGGCCAUUGGUGCCGCUGGUGAUGCAGGCUUCGGCAUUUAUGGUAUCGUGAGCGAGAAGGACAGCGGACCUGCUGAAAUUUUCCUUGCUAUUCUCGGUGGAAUUGGUGUUCUCGACAUGAUUAGAGCUCCUGCGCUUUUUGCGAAGGCGGCAAAGGCGAGAAGAGCAAUGACCCCCGAGGACAUUGCGACGUUAGGAGGAGAGGUCAAGGGUGGAAUGGCCCAAAUUGAUAAAUUGAAGCAACUCUGUCGUUAG